UUGUACGUUUUCCCGCGAAAAUUGAAGGUAUUAUUAAUAUAUCAAAAUGAGCAAUUCAGCUAGACUCUCAAUGAACGCUGCUUUGAAGAAUGCACGAAUUUUCGAUGAGUUAUUGGCCGAAAUUGGAGCAGACGAACCUCCUAGAGUAAAAAUUGAGAAUGUGAAAUUUGAGGUGGAAUCUGAAAAUGAAGACGAUAGCUGUGUACUGAAUAAGAAACGUAAACAGGUAACCUAUGCAGAGAAUAUUAGAGUGAAGGAGGAACCUAUGUUUACGGACGAGGAAACUGUCUUUCCAAACAAUAUUUUUGAGAAUUUGAAAGUUGAGGAACAAUAUCUGACCCCAGUUAAGUUAGAUGUAGAGGACAACAUAACAAGCAGUUGCGAUUCAAAUUCACGUAAAAGUGCAAAGCGUACAGUUUUUCCUAGAGAAUCCCCAUAUAAAACUAGACAGUCACCUUAUAAACGGAACAACACAGAAUCUACCCAGAGUACUUCAUUUUAUAGUAAAAAUGAAACAAUCGAACGAAAGAAUGGAAGGAAAGACAAGACUGUUGAGCUAGAAACUGAUCCAGAAGUAUUAAAGAGACGGCAAAAACAGAUAGAUUAUGGCAAGAAUACCAUAGGUUAUGACUUAUAUACACAACAAGUUCCUAGAGAUAAGAGGCAAAAGGACGAUCCAAGAACACCAAAUAAAUAUUUAAAAUAUUCCAGGAGAGGGUUUGAUGGCCUGAUCAGACAGUGGCGUUUGAAACUACAUAAAUAUGACCCCCCACAAGAUGAUUGAAUCAAUUUCGGAAGUAAUUUUAUUUCACUUUAUUAUACAAGUUAUUUUAACAAGCGAACAUUGAUGUGUAGUUACUUUUAUUUUAAAAAUAAAUAUUAUCUUUAUUUUUAGUUCGAUUCAGAAA